AUGGGUUAUAACAUCAAUCAUGGGGCAUCUGUUUUAGCUCCAAUUCUCUCCUCAAAGACAAUCAAUGCAGACCUUGAAGAUGGAGAUAUUCAUCUAUUUCAACGGAUGCUUCUUUCGGUAAAAUAUCCAUAUAGUUAUGAGGAUUUAGAAGCUAAAGAAGAUGAGGAUGAGGAUUCAAACAACUCUUUUAGCCAGGGUGAAGAUGAAGAAGAAUAUGCUAAUUCUUCCAGAGAUGGUGAAGAUGAAGUUGAAGGUCACUUAUCUGACUCCCUAAUGUCAGCUAGGGUAUCUCCUCCAAUACUGAAUAAAAAUAUUCGUUUUCACUCUCCAUCCCCCUCUCCUUCUCCUGAACCCAUCACUCGGCGUGGAUCAAGUCCUCCACAAACUGAUCCAUCCAUUCCAAUGACAUCUCCAUCGAAACCCAUCCCACAACAUGAGACAACACCACCACUCGCUGAUACAUAUAUUCCCCUUCUCACUGGUACCACUCCUCCACAAUCAUCUCCACUUCAUGAUGAUGCUACUGGUGUUAGAUCUACACAGUCUCCUCCCAUUCAAACUGUUGCUACCUUUCAGGAUGGAGUCUAG